ACUCUUUAUUCCUUUAUGACCACCAAGACUGGAUCCAGUCCCCAACGAAACACAGCAAUGGGCCAGGCAGUCUUUCUCCUGUCCUGGCUGAAGAGACUUUCCGUUACAUGACUUUUGUUGAACUUCCAACUACGUCGUUUGAUGACUCUUGUAAAUCAAGUCAGAGUUCGCAAGUUCUCAGCUCAGAACGAAUAGAUCAGAUGACUAGGAGUUAUAAUGACACAGAUAUGCUAAGCCACUUACUGACAGAGAGGGACAGGGAUCUGGAACUAGCUGCUCGUAUUGGCCAGGCUCUCCUGAAAAGGAACCACAUACUGACAGAGCAGAAUGAGUCUUUAGAGGAACAGCUGACCCAAGCACUGGACCAUGUAAACCAACUCCAACAUGAGUUAGCUAAGAAGGAUGACUUGCUUAGGGUGGUAUCUAUUGCCUCAGAAGAGAGUGAGACUGACUCCAGCUGUUCAACCCCUUUGAGGUCCAAUGACUCUUUCACCCUCACACAUGGCCUGCUUCAGCUUGAUAACUUGCACGGGAAACUUCGAGAACUGGAGGAGGAAAAUCUUGCCCUGCGCUCUGCGCUCCCAGGCUACACAUCUGAAAACAGAAACAAUAACUUAUGAAGAAAAAGAACAGCAACUGGUCAUCGACUGUGUGAAGGAGAUUCGUGAAUCAAAUGCCCAGAUUAGCAGACUCACUGACGAGCUUUCCACAAAGUCAGAGGAGAUCAUACAUUACCAGGAGCAGGCCUCUACUUUGCUGUUACAAAUUGUUGACCUGCAGCACAAACUGAAAGAGAGUGCAAUCGAAAAGGAGGAGCUAAGAAUUCAUUUACAAGCAUCUAAGGAAGCACAGAGACAGUUGACUGCUGAACUUCACGAAUUACAAGAUCGCAAUGCAGAAUGUCAGGGGAUACUGCAGGAGACUCAGGAUGAAUUAAAAAUGCUGCGGUGCAAAGCCAGUCCUUCUGCACUUCUUAGGAGACCCCAGUCAUGCAGUGUUUUCCCUGUGGAUUCUUUGGCAGCAGAGAUUGAAGGUACUAUGCGGAGAGAACUGAGUUUGGAAGAAGAUUCAAACUUUGGAGAAAGAAAGAGGCAACCAAAACGGGUGUUUGAUACAGUGAAAGUGGCGAAUGAACUGCGCUGCCGAUCUUCUGUUGCAUCGAUACCUGGCUCCAACCGUUCUGGAGUAGUGAUGACUGCCCUUCCUUUUGAAUCUGGGGCAAAGUUUGAGCAGAACAAGCCUAAUGUCUAUCCAACUGAACAAGGCACAAAGGAGAAGGAACACUCAAAAGUGGGAGAUGAUAACUUGGAAACUGCAUUGCACAGGCUCCACCUUCGAAGACAAAACUAUUUAAGUGUGAGAAGCAGUUUUUCAAGGAAGAGUGUGAAAGGAGGUUGAAAAUAUCUAGAAGAUGAACUGGACCAGAGUGGCUGUAGCAGUCCCAAUGGAAGUAACUUGUCUAUGUCAACCCACUUGUCAGAUUUCACAGACUCUUCAGCUACCUCUAGUACCCUGCGCAGCCUUCUGCCAGAGAAACUGCAGAUCGUCAAGCCACUGGAGGGUUCUCAAACCCUCCACCAGUGGCAACAGCUAGCACAGCCAAACCUGGGUACCAUUCUAGAUCCUCGUCCUGGUGUAAUGACCAAAGGAUUUAAGCCUCUUCCUGAAGAUGCCGAAUACCACUUAUGUGACUUAGAAGAGGAUGAAAAGGAGGACGAGGAUGAAGAUGAAGAAGGGAUAACUUUUAAAGUGCAGGAAAGAAAGGAAGAAGUGCCACAACCUACCUUAAGCAUCUUUUUGCCAUCCAUUUCUGUAUCAUCAGCUCCAAGUUCUGCAACAAACCCUGGCAAGUGCCUGGGCAGCACAAACUCAACUUUUACCUUCACCACUUGCCGAAUCCUACAUCCCUCUGACAUCACUCAGGUCACUCCCAGUUCUAUGUACACUUCGUCAUCUUUUGGAAGUAGCAGCACUUCUACCACCAGCACAUUGGUGAAUUCUCCUGCUGUGUCGUGUCGGCUAAGUGUCGGGGAAUAUUUUAGCAAGGCAGUAGAUUCCAGCUUAAACAGUACAGGUAACUUAACCAAACUUCUUCAAGAACAAGGGAUUUCUGCCAAGGUGAAUAGCAAUAAGGAUCCAGAGAAGCCACCACGCCCACAAAAUUUACUUCUUCCCUCCACACCACCCAAUUCUCCCACACGGUCUCCAUGUGUUUCUCCUCUUCCAUUUGAACCAAGACCAAAUCCAUCAGAAAACUUCCUCGCAGUUUCCAGACCGGCAGAGAGUUUUCUUCAAGAAAUGUAUGGUUUGAAGUCCAUACGAAACCAAGCUGACUUGGGUCAACUGAAGAUGAAUUUGGUGGAUCGAUUGAAGCGGUUAGGAAUCGCAAGAGUAGUUAACCAGCCAGAUCAGACGGACCAAAUGCAGACCACAGUACUGAACAAUGGGUUAAAGCGACAAGAGUCUGCUAUGUUUGUUGCAACAAGCAGCAGUCUCUUUGGUGGUCUAAGAAGGAACCAGAGUCUUCCGGCUAUUAUUGGUGGACUUGCACCUCCAGUUUGCACGUAUCCUCCAAAAAUGGGUAGUUUAAAAGAAGAUUGA